AUGAUUGAGGUCCAGAGGUCGUUAACCUUAGAGGACGUGGAUGUGAACUUCACCUGGGAGGAGUGGCAGCUCUUAGACUCUGCUCAGAAGGACCUGUAUCGGGAUGUGAUGUUAGAGAACUAUAACAACCUGGUAUUGAUGGGGUAUCAGGGUAGCAAACCAGAUGCAUUCUCUAAGCGGGAACAAGGAGAAGAGCCUUGGAUAACGGAAGAUGAAAUUCACCCGAUAGUCUGUCCAGAAAUCAAGAAAGGUGACCAUCUUCGAAAAGAACAUGUCCAAAACCAAAGUUUUCUCGAAGGAAAAGAUCAAUGCCGUGAACAGAAUGUCUUUGAAAAUAAUGUUCAUCUAACAAAAUUACCCCAUUUUACCCUUGUGCAAAAUCUUAUGUUUGACUUAAAUAGAAAAACUUUGAAAUCAAAUUUAAUUGUGGUCAACCAGAACAGAAGAUCUGAAAUAAUGAACCCUGCCGAGUUUAAUGGAGAUAGAAAAAACCUUCUACAUGGAAAGCAUGAACAAUUUCAUGCUGAAAUUCGAUUCCCUGAAGCUACAAAAUGCAUCAAAACUAAACCCCAAGUUUAUAAACAUCAGAGAACUCACAAAGUAGAGAAACCCCAUGCAUGUGUUGACUGUGGGAAAUCCUCCAUCAAGAAAUCUCAACUCAUUUACCAUCAGAACAUUCAUACAGGAGAGAAAUUCAGUGGAUGUAGUCAAUGUGCGAAAUCCUCUAGAAAUUUCACUAUGAAGAGCAGUCUCACUGUACAUCAGGAAACCCAAGUGGGAGAGAAAUCCUACAUAUGCAGUGAAUGUGGGAAAGGCUUCACAAUGAAACGCUAUCUGAUCGCACACCAGCGAACUCAUUCUGGGGAGAAACCCUAUGUGUGCAAUGAAUGUGGAAAAGACUUUACUGUGAAGAGUAAUCUCAUUGUACAUCAACGAACUCAUACAGGAGAGAAACCGUAUAUAUGCAGCGAAUGUGGGAAAGCCUUCACCAUGAAGCGCUAUCUUGUCGUCCAUCAACGCACUCAUACUGGGGAGAAACCCUAUGUUUGCAAUGAAUGUGGAAAAGGCUUCACCGUGAAGAGCAAUCUUGUUGUACAUCAGCGAUCUCAUACAGGGGAGAAGUCUUACAUAUGCAGUGAAUGUGGAAAAGGCUUCACCGUGAAACGCACUCUUGUUAUACAUCAGCGAACUCACACAGGGGAGAAAUCCUAUCUCUGCAGUGAGUGUGGGAAAGGCUUCACCACAAAGCGCACGCUCAUCAUACAUCAGCGAACUCAUACUGGAGAGAAACCCUAUGAGUGCAGUGAAUGUGGGAAAGCCUUCAGCCAGAAAAUAUGCCUCAUACAGCAUGAGCGGUGUCAUACAGGCAAUACUCCAUUUGUGUGUACCGAAUGUGGAAAAUCCUACUCACACAAAUAUGGUCUCAUAACCCACCAAAGAAUUCACACAGGAGAGAAGCCAUUUGCAUGUGGUGAGUGUGGGAAAGCCUUCACCACUAAGUCAGUCCUCAAUGUUCAUCAGAGAACUCACACAGGAGAGAGACCAUAUGGAUGCAAUAACUGUGAGAAGUCCUUCUCCCACUUGUCAAACCUUGUUAAACAUAAGAGAAUGCAUGCAAGAGAAAUGGGAGAUUCAGUUAAGGCAGAAAUGCCUUUGAAAGAGAAUCAGAAACCAUUGCAUACAAGUGAUCUUAUGCAAAAGAACAAAAUCCACCAAAUACAGUGA